UCAAAACGAGGCUCCGUCCACCAUGUUGGAAUCUCUCCACGUCACCUCAAGAACAAAACAAAACGAAGCUUGAAUCAUCGAAUCGAACGAUUGAUCAGCUAAAAAUCAAGCUUCCAUUGAUUAAUUGCAGUAUGGACCUCAUAUAGCACAGCAGAAACGGUUGGGGAACUUUAUAACUCUAGGAAAAUGUGUAGUCGAAGAAACAAGCCCGUCUUGCAAGCAGUUGUUUUUCUGGGACUCGUUGGCUGCUUGGGUUACUUCGUUUAUUUAUAUAAUACUAAAUCCUUAAAACUAGAGAGAACUGAUAGACAACUGAAGAAAUAUAUUCAGCAUCAGCAGUCUUUGUCUUCACAAUUAAAAGUUGUUUAUGAACAUAGAGCGCUGUUAGAAAAAUCAUUUGAAAAGGAAAAAAUCGAUCACAAGAAGACAAUGCAAGAUUUAGCAAAUACAAAAAGAGAAUUUAGUAGGAACAUAACRCGAACAAAACAUGAAACACUUAAUAGGUUUAAUUCUUUAGAAACACAGCACAGAAUGGUGAAGGCUCAACAUGAGCAAAUACAAUUGGAGUAUAAUAGAUUACAGCAGCAACAUGCCAGACUCAGUGCUGAACAUCAAAGUGUACACAAUCAACAACGCAAUGCUUUUAAUAUUAUGAAAACUCAAAAACAGAAUGAAAUCAUGGCACUUGAAGAUCAACUUAGUACAUUAAAAAAGCAGGUCCAGUCAUGGAGAGUGGAGUAUGGYAACCAGAAGCAAGAAACAGACUAUUACAAGGGUAGAAUUUCUGAGCAUGUGAAAGAAGCAGAAAACAAUAAAGCUAUCAUUCGCUCACUUUACGACAACAUAAAUCAACUUCAAAGGMGGCUUUCAKCCAGYCAGCAACAAGAAAGAAAUGUCGGUAGAUCACAUGAUCAAGUGAAGCCUAGCGAMCAAUCCAAUCAGCAUGUUAAUCAAAGAAAAGGUAUCGGGAGGCCAGGUCGCCCAGCAGUGCACAAUGUUAUACCAACAAUAACAAAAAAUACAAUACAAAGRUCUCCUAAUAAGGGCAAUGACGUCAAAUCAGAUGACGAUGAAACAGAAGAUAAAGAUUCAGAAGAAGAUGAGAAUCGCAACAGCAAAGGCAACAGCAACAAAAACAUGAAGGUCUUUAUCAGAAUUUGCAACAAGAACAACAGAGCCAAAACUCACGGGAAAUGUACCAGAGACUCCAACAACUCCAGCAACAGCAACGUCAUCAGCAGCAACCACAACAACGUGGACAACAGCAUCAAUACCAACCUCAUCAACCCCAACAAAGAAAAUCUGAUGAAAGAUCUGAKAAUACUCGACAGGAACGUCGUCCAAAUGAACCAGRACACCAAAAGGAACGUACAUAUGAYAACGAUGACUCCAAGGAAACCAAUUCACAAGMGCAGCGAUCACAAACAGGUGAUAAACAGAAGAGGGAAAUUGUCAAACAAGCUGAAGAGAAGCGUGGUGAGCGGUUUAGAAGACCCAUUGGUAGACCAGGAGGAAGRGAAGCAGAUGCGAGGAAUCAGGCUGAGAAGGAGUCWCAAAACCGGGAUGAUAAGAGAGAGGAACAGCCUGCACAAGAAGAAAAUAAUGAGGAGGAGGAGGAAGAAGAYGACAAUGAAAAUGAUGAAAGAGACAACACAAUAAACCAAGGUCAAGAGAAUCAAGAGAAGWCACAAGAGGUCAAAAACCGUCAGAAUCAACCUGACGACAGACAGAAAGACGGUGUAAAUCCACAUAUAAGGGGAUUGAGACAUGCCUAAGACUACRGUUGCAUCACUUUUGCAUUYCCCUUGCCAUCUUAAAAGGAUUUUUUGGAUUUAUAGCAAAGCCAGGCCACCGGUGAGCUUGCUAUGAUAGAUACAGGUACCUGUGAAUAAUUAUUUUUGUCUUAAUUAACCCUUGUCCUUUCAACAACUCCAUAGUCGACAUGAAAUGCCAGGUAUUUUUUGUCAGGUCAGUCAGCAUGUGCUACAAAACAUGACAGAUAUUUAUGGUAAAUGUUCUAAAAAUGAGCAACCUUAUCCYUACUUAAUAUAUAUACUAAGAACAAAGAAAAUGUACCUAGUACCAGGAGCUCCUGCUAGUACUUAUAAUUGGCAGGWCUUGGGUUAAGUGUGACAAGGGUAUCUAUCAAAGCAAGGCCCUUAUGUUUUUACGAAGACAACAAAAAUACAUUCAAAAURAAGCAGGAAAGUGGUCAAGUAUUGGACACUAAAUCUAUUUAUUUUAUAGAGCAAAGCACWGAGAAUUAAUCAAUAACUGUUUUGACACUGAAUGUAGAAAGAUAAACAAUGAACUUAGAACAAGUCGUAGCUAGUUUGACAUGAUAAAAUAUUAUCUUAUAUAGGCAAUACAUUUUUGCAUCGUCAUGUACAGUAUAGAUAUGUAGUUUUUAAACUAAGUGUCAAAGUUUAUCCAUUCCCGUAAUGAUAGUGCAGUAAGAAUUCCAGGAAAUAUUUAUUAUGCCUGGUAUAAUCUUGAUAUUUAAUAUGUAAYCAGGUUCAAAAGGCAUUACCAGGUUGAGAUCGCAUUGUCUUGUUACUGUAUAUUAAUUUCUUGUAACCGUGUAUGGUGUAUGAAUGGCUCCCUAGCAUAUUCCCCGAGUCUUCCCCGAGUCAACCUGCCUUUUCAAUUUGUCUAAGAUUUUUUUUGAGAAUUUGAUCUUGAAACUUUCAGAGACAUACAUUAUACACAGAUAAAGAUACAAUAUUUAAAUGACCUUCUACUUGGAAUUGUAAACGGAAAUUAUUGUAAUAUUGUUAGAAACACUUACACAUCUCAAAGUCAGACUAGUUUAAUGCUUACGUUUUCACCAACAAAGGCAAGGGAGUUUAGAACAACCAUUUUCGUCUCUGUUUGCAAUGAAUAAUAUCAUCAAUCAAUUUUUAUAACAAAAUGUCCACAUGACUAAAAAAAAUAUAGAAUAAACAAUGAGUUCUUGUUACAAUAAAUAAAGAGAUUUGAAUUGCAAGAGUUGUAGUCCUCCGGAUGUUUAUAAUUAUUUUAUUAUUAUUAUCUUAGUCACCAUGAAUUUAAUUGAAUCCCUGAAACUAUUAUUCAGCCGGCAAAGAGAGACGUCAUUGAAUCCAUGAUUUUACUUUUUUGUUUUCAAGAAAGGGAAACACAAAGGAAUUAAGUCUUAUAACUUAUUGUGUUAUAACUUAUCUUGGGACUAAUACAGUUGUUAAACAACUA